AUCCUAUCGGCGACAAUCCUCGGAUGAGAAGUGACGCGUUGGUCGAACGCGGCUCUAUGGGUGUGAGAGCCCGAAUUCCUUCCGUAUGGCUCUUCUGGCUCGGCUGACAUGAAUGAUUUCGACCGGUCCCCUGGCUCCUGCCUGUCCAUACCUGCCGUCGCUUACCUGAAACCCUGCAUUCCGAGACAAAUCGGUUAAGUCGAAGCGAUCCGAAGACAACUGAGGGGGAAGUUGAUUCACCACCUGCCCGACGAUGGUCUCUCGAUCCAACGAGGGGAACGAGGGGCCUCCUCCAUUCUCUAAAGCAACGAACACCCCCGCCAAAACACGGAUUGCGAGACUCGGCUCCAGCCCAUCAAAACGAGAAGAUAAAGCAAAGGAUGACCGGGUGAUUAAGUCAUCAGCCAAGGAUGUUGCGGAACUUAAGGAUUAUCAAUUGGGGGACUGCCUGGGGAAGGGCGCGUUCGGGUCGGUUUACCGGGCCCUGAACUGGAACACCGGGGAGACUGUCGCUGUGAAGCAGAUCAAGCUCGUGGACCUUCCGAAGAGCGAGCUGCGUGUUAUUAUGCUGGAAAUUGAUCUGCUGAAGAAUUUGGAUCAUCCUAACAUUGUCAAGUACCAAGGAUUCGUGAAGUCAGUUGAAACUUUGAAUAUAAUCCUCGAAUAUUGCGAGAAUGGCUCCCUUCACUCAAUCGCAAAGAAUUUCGGUCGUUUCCCGGAGAACCUUGUCGGCCUAUACAUGUCGCAGGUGCUCCAUGGCCUCUUGUAUCUUCACGAGCAAGGUGUGAUCCAUAGGGACAUCAAAGGGGCCAAUAUCCUCACGACAAAACAAGGCCUAGUCAAGCUGGCCGACUUUGGAGUGGCCAGCCGUACCACUGGUCUCAGCGAAUCUAGUGUUGUCGGCACACCGUACUGGAUGGCUCCUGAGGUCAUUGAACUUUCGGGUGCAACGACAGCCUCUGAUAUAUGGAGUCUUGGCUGCACCGUGAUUGAGCUGCUUGAGGGGAGGCCUCCUUAUUACAAUCUUCAACCGAUGCCUGCUCUUUUUCGCAUUGUCAACGAUGAUCACCCCCCGCUCCCGCAAGGUGCUUCGCCGGCCGUCAAGGACUUUUUGAUGCAGUGCUUCCAGAAGGACCCUAACCUCCGUGUCUCGGCAAGGAAACUGCUCAAGCACCCAUGGAUAGUCAACGCACGUCGAUCAGAUUCCGUGGUUCCCAAAAAAUCGACAGAAUACGAGGAAGCCGUGAAAAGUGUUCAAGAGUGGAAUGAAGCCCUGCGGUCACCGAGUGCAGGAACCCUCCGGAAGACAUUUAAAAAUGACAGUCAAUACCCCGGGGCCCUACCUUCGUCUCGCAAUACGCCGACAAAGGACUCACUACCGUCUCCAAUCGCGACUCAUGUGGCAGAUCGAUUUCGGUCUCCGAUCUCUCCGGAAGAGGAUAACUGGGACGAUGACUUCGCCACGCCCAUUUCUCCCAGCGCUUUGCAAUUGCCUCACCUGCGGCCACAGGACAACUUUGGAGGGAUGCUGUCCUCUGAGAAGCUCAAAGCUUUUGCAUCUCUUGAUGGGACAGUAUUGAGGUCAGAGGACAGCUUUGAUGAAUUUGAGGACUCUUUCCAGGACUCAUUCAAUUCCGGAGAAUUAGAUCCCCUAGAGACUAUCCGCCCUUCGCCGCCGAAGCGAGCCACUGAAGGCGGGCAACCACAGAAUCCCUCGCGGUACAAUCUCCCCAACGGCUCAUUCGCGCCGAUGCAGAACGUGCCGAUUCUAACACAGAAUCCGGUGCCACCCAUGAGGCAGCCACGCCCAGCAUCGUUUUACAAGGAAAACUCAGUCGAAGAUUAUUCGGAUCUAAUCAAGGCCAACGAGGACGUUUUGGACCGCAAGCUGGGUGCUUUUCAGGAGGUGGAUGAAGACGCCGCGAUGUUAGAAGAUUUGGCCUCGAAAGAUUUAGUUCGAUAUCAAACUCCGUCCGAGGACAGACGAGAUCAGCAGCCUCAACUUAGAAAACAGAUUUCUGUCAAGCGCCACCGAUCAGCAAUCGAGAUCCAGCGCUUCACAGAGAAUGAGACCGAUGAGGAUUUCUCUGACAUCCUAGGCACAGAUGCAGUUACUUUGGAUAAGUCCGAAAGGAAUCGAGCCCCAGACCCAAGCACGUUGAUGCUGAACUCCAAGCUCUCGAACAAUUCUUGGCUCGGGGACCAGGAUGACGAGGAUGAUCCCUUUGCCCAGUUGGAGGAAGGGCUAGAUGAAAUGGAUCUGGAGGCUAACAUCGCCCGUGACAAGCACGCUCGACUCCGCAAUCAAGUCGAGGGACUUGUGAGCUCUCUCAAAACUUCGCAGGACGAAGACGUUCUCGGGGAAAUUUCAGAGCAGCUGUUGACGGUUUUCUGCGAUCUCCCAGAAACGAAAAACAUCAUCAUAAGUGCCCAUGGGAUGCUGCCGAUUCUGGAAAUUCUGGACAUGUGCCGUCGACGAGACAUUAUCCUAUGCCUGCUGAGAAUUGUAAAUGCGAUCAUUUUCAACGACUACGAAAUUCAGGAGAACCUCUGCUUUGUGGGAGGUAUACCUAUCAUCAACGAAUUCGCGUCGAAGAAAUAUCCCCGAGAGAUCCGACUCGAGGCCGCGGCAUUCGUACAGCAGAUGUAUCAGACCUCUACACUUACCCUGCAGAUGUUUGUCAGUGCAGGAGGAUUGAACGUGCUGGUGGAGUUCUUGGAGGAUGAUUACGAGGAUGAGCGAGAUCUUGUCCUGAUCGGAGUGAACGGCAUCUGGAGUGUUUUCGAGCUUCAGGGCUCAACACCAAAGAAUGACUUUUGCCGAAUCCUUUCUCGAAACUCUGUUCUGGACCCUCUGUCCCUCGUUCUCAGUCGGGUUUUGGACGAAGAAGGGGCCUUAGCCGAGGUUGUCGAAGGCCGUAUAGCAAAUAUCUUCUUCAUCUUCUCCCAAGCAGAAAACCACGUCAAGGAGAUGGUUGCCGAGCGGACGGUCCUGCACAGGGUGUUGAAAGAAUUGAAGCGCAUGACGCCCGCACACCAGAUCACCAUGUUGAAAUUCAUCAAAAACCUAUCUAUGCUGUCCACGACGCUCGACUCGCUUCAGAAUUCGAAUGCGAUUGAUGUGUUAACGGAUUUAUUAAGAUCUACCAUUAAACGCCCGCAUUUCCGAGAAGUGUCCAACCAGAUCCUGAAUACGAUUUACAACAUGUGCCGCUUGAACAAGUCUCGACAAGAAGACGCAGCUUUGAAUGGCAUUGUGCCGCUCCUCCAGAAAAUCGUGAAGACCGAGCGGCCACUGAAGGAGUUUGCAUUGCCCAUUCUUUGCGACAUGGCGCAUUCCGGGAAAGUUGGUCGGCGGGAGUUGUGGCGCAACAAGGGUCUUGCGUUUUACAUAUCGUUGCUCUCCGACCCUUAUUGGCAGGUCACAGCAUUGGAUGCCAUCUUCACUUGGCUGCAGGAAGAGACGGCCAAGGUUGAGGAGCAUCUGCUAGAGAAUCGCUAUGACAAGCUAUCUUUCACGGAUUCGAUUAUCCGGUGUCUGACCUUGUCAAAGGCCAACGCAUUUGAGAAUCUCCUGGAGCCUUUGCAAAAGCUUCUGAGAUUGAGUCCUCCGAUUGCCUCGACUCUCGCUCGGCCAGAUCUGUUCACGCGGAUUGACCAAAAAUUGCAUCACAACAAAGCUGCCGUGAGACUGAAUCUACUCCGCAUUAUAUCCAGCAUCUGUGAUUCAAGUGAGGAGCAAGGCGGACUUCUCGCCAAAUACGGCCUUUUGGAUGCAAUUGGAGAGCUCGAGCACGACCCUGCCAUCCUCGUGAGGGACCUGGCCGGGAAGCUUAUAAAAUCCAACGAAAAGAGCGAGGCUUACGGACUCGGUAAACGCAGGCAAGGUGUGAGACGGAUGAGCACCUCCACCACGCCGCCGGGGUUGCUCACCAGCCAGUCCAGUCCGACCACGCCCCAGUUCAACCGGUCUAGUCAAUCUAAGGCAUACUACGAGGGCAGAGAAAGCCAAAGGCAUCCACGAAACCCUCUCAGCGGAUCGGCACUGGCACUCCGGCCGGGGAGUAGGGACGGCGCCAACUCUGGUCUCGCAGCGGGAUUGAAUGGGAGUUCUGGCGCGUCAAGACAUCGGAUGUCGCGAGGAAUCUCUGACAACCGGUUGUCCCAUGUCGAACUGCUACCCGAUGAGAACCCUCGGCCAUCCAAUUCGAUGUCGCGCCGACCAUCAAUCAUCCCCCGACGACGACGUACGGCACCGGCAGAUGCAGACUAGGCGCCAUACAUACGCGGUCGUCUUUGCUGCAUCGUUUCCCUCCGGUUUUUUUUUUGUUUCUGUCCCU